UUUCUUUCUUUCUUUUUUUUUUUUGUCUCUCUUUUUUUUAUAUAUAUUAUAAUAAUGAAUGCAUCCAAAACACUUGUCGUUGAUAACGGUACCGGUUUUGUGAAAUGUGGUUAUGCAGGUUCCAACUUUCCUGAACAUGUGUUUCCUAGUGUAGUUGGUCGUCCCAUCCUACGAGCUGAAGAACGUGUGGGAGAUGUUCAAGUCAAAGAUAUUAUGAUUGGUGAUGAAGCAGCAGCCCUUCGCAACAUUCUUCAAAUGUCAUAUCCAAUGGAAAAUGGUAUUAUUAGAAACUGGGAAGAUAUGCGUCACUUGUGGAAUUAUACUUUUGAUGAACAACUUCAAGUGGAUCCUCGUGAUUGCAAAAUAUUAUUGACCGAGGCUCCAAUGAAUCCUCGCUCGAAUCGUGAACAAAUGGCUCAAAUCAUGUUUGAAGAAUACGGUUUCCAAGGUAUCUAUGUAGCUAUCCAAGCUGUCUUGACUUUGUUUGCUCAAGGGCUCAUGUCUGGUGUAGUAGUGGAUUCUGGUGAUGGUGUUACUCAUAUUGUACCUGUGUAUCAAGGUUAUGCUCCUGCUAACUUGACUCGUCGUUUGGAUGUAGCUGGUCGACAUGUGACAAAAUAUCUCAUCAAACUUUUACUCCUCCGUGGAUAUGCUUUUAAUCGUACUGCCGAUUUUGAAACUGUACGUCAAAUCAAGGAAGAAUUCUGUUAUGUUAGUUACGAUCUUGAAAUGGAUCAAAAAUUAGGGGUUGAAACAACCACAUUGGUAGAAUCAUACGAACUACCUGAUGGACGUAUCAUUAAGGUAGGAUCAGAACGAUUUGAAGCUCCUGAAUGUUUGUUCCAACCUCAUUUGGUAGAUGUGGAUGCUCCAGGCAUGGCUGAAAUGCUAUUCAAUACCAUUCAAUCAGCUGAUAUUGAUAUCCGUGCUGAUCUUUACAAACAUAUUGUUCUUUCUGGUGGCUCAACAAUGUAUCCUGGUUUGCCUAGUCGUUUGGAGAAAGAAGUCAAGCAAUUAUACCUCACCAAUGUAUUGAAUGGGGAUGCCAGUCGAUUGAACAAAUUCAAGAUCCGGAUCGAAGAUCCUCCUAGACGUAAACAUAUGGUGUACCUUGGUGGGGCUGUCUUGGCUGAUAUCAUGAAAGACAAAGAUUCUUGGUGGGUGACUCGACAAGAAUGGGAAGAAAUGGGUCCCCGUGCUUUAGAUAAGAUGGGUGUUCUUGGAUCUACUGCUUGAUGGAAAUGAUGUUUUUAUUAUAUUUUUUUAUUAUUAUUAUUAUUACAAUCAAUAAACAAUCAUUACAAUCCUUAUUGACUAUA